CUGUUGUCAAGGAUUGAUAGUCAAAUUGAAAAGUCGCAAACGACCGGUUUGAGUUUCAGAAGGAAAUGGAACUCCUGUUUAAAGUGUUGGUACUACUUUUGCUCGGCCAACAUGCUUUGGCCGGACUGUUGGAUUUAUUUAGUGCUACCUCCGAUUACAAUGCGGCUUUCUUGAUGGACAGUUUGUUUGGGAUAGUGGCUAAUGACACUAAAUAUAUCCUGAGUGAUGAUUCUUCGAACCCAAUCGAGGUAGACGUAACAUUUUGGUGUGGAAACCGAAACUCGCCGAAUCUCACCCAAACUGCUAUUAGUGAUGGCAGUUUACGUUCAAAGAUUGAUACCUCAAAACCGAUAGUAUUCAUUACCCAUGGAUGGCUGGAUAACCGCAAUAGGAAUUGGAUCAAGGCCAUGCAGGCUGACUAUCUAAAGUUUGUCGACACCAACAUCUGUGUGGUGGAUUGGGGCAACUUGGCGAUUUACGGAUACGCACUGGCCGCAAAUCACACCGUCCGAGUGGGUGCCUAUUUGGCCAAUUUCAUCAAAUAUUUGAACGGUGAAGGAAUUCCGUUGAGUAAGAUAUCGCUGGUUGGACAUAGCAUGGGAGCCCAUAUCAGCGGGAAUGCUGGCAUGAAUCUGGGAGGUAAGGUAGGGGCCAUUUAUGGACUGGAUCCGGCGAGUCCCCUGUUCAAAAUGCCCUUCGAUAUUGGAACUUCGAAAAGGCUGGACAGCUCCGAUGCCCAGUACGUUCAGAUGAUCAUAACAUCCCGGUGCACUUGGGGUGUGUGCGUUGGUGAUGGCCACGAGAAUUUCUACCCGACCGGAGGAUUGGUACCGCAACCGAAUUGUGCGAUUCCUUUGCUUAGCAAUGCGGAAAGUGGGGAACCAGUCAGUUGCAGUCAUGCGCACUCAUAUACGCUCUUUCGGAUGGCACUGAACAGGAACAAUGUGUUUAAUGGGAAGAAAUGUUUUGGUUACGCAGCUUAUCUGGCAGGUUUGUGUAUCUUCAAUAAAUCCUCGAAAAUGGGGAUAUAUUCGAGCCGCAUUGGAGGAGAUUUCUAUCUAUUGACAUCCGCGUUCGAACCGUACACGGUGUGAGGGACCAUUUUAGGUCUCUGCUGGGAAUUAAAAAUUCCGAAUUUUAAACGAAGUGAUAGCUUUUUACCUGAAGUUGUAGUUGACUUAC